CCAGAGCCUUCGACUUCGACCGCGUCAUCCCCGCUCCUGGCAACCAAGCAUUAGAACUACAUUUUGACCAGCUACAUUGUCUAACGCAGCGCGUCAAACGGGACCUUUAAAAGCUACAUGCCUACAAUUUCUGCGGUUUCUUAGGAGCAUGCCCGGCAAUGCUCUGUGAUCAAUAGCAUGCGAGUGCUUCCUGGAAAGCCACAGGCCAAGCUCCAAGCUGUCUGUACGGGCUUCUGGGGCGGUAUUAGGCUUAUUACAUAUAUUACUGGAAAUGCCUUCGUCAUCCUCACAGGCCCAGGCACCUUAUUGCAGACGAUCUACGAUGAUGACGACGUUCGCCUCGAAGCAAUUGCUAUUGAUGAGGCAUCUGGGAAGAUAGCAACAUCUGCCGGAUCUAAUAUUCGUGUCUACAAGCCUUAUGGGCAUUCCGAGGAUGCUUUGCAGUGGUCGCUGCAACAUAGUUUCACCGUCGAUGAAGCAGAAGAAGGCUCUGCUACUACGCUAUCAUGGGGCAUAACGGAGGAGUUGCUCGUGGGGGGCGCCUGGCUUACCCUUUUUUCUACCUUGGAUACACCGAAGCCCAUCUGGAAGAAGCAACUUGCUAAUUCAGCCAAAUUCGCCAAUUUCUCAUACGAUUCGGCGUACAUCGCCUCCACCGGAAGAUAUGAUCGACUUGUGAAGAUUUGGAGAAGGCUGUCAUUUGGUUCAGACGAUACGCGCUUCGAUUUUAGCUACCUUCCUCACCCCGCAACAGUUACCAGCAUGCACUGGCGCAGACCCUAUCAUGUAGACCAAACAAUCGACAAUGUAUUAUACACUAUAUGUGCAGAUAAUGUGGUCCGGAUAUGGGCUGCGACAGAUCCUCAUGGGUUGCAAAUAUUACAACUUUGGGCACAGAUUGAUUUGAAGGAGUCGAUACAACCUCGAGGGCUUGUUGAUGCUCAAACGUCAAACUUCCGAUUUGCGUUCGUGGUCGACGGGCGAGAUUUCAUGCUUGCUACUGAACACGCUGUUCAAGCAAGGGUAUCCGGCAAUGAUAAGGAUGACCAUAGUCUUUCCCAUCUGAUCGAGGUUGCUAAUCGAACCCCUGAGAUUUGCGUUGUUUUGGAUGACCGAGGACAUAUGUCAGCCUGGGGCCUGGAGAGUGUGGGAUGUAAACCCAGACAGAUCACAAACAUAUUCAAUGUUGCGCAUGUGGAUGGUUUAGAUCUGGGCCUCCCUAAUUCUGCUGGGGAUGAUUUGAGCCACGUCCAGUUUUAUAACUUCUGCAACCCUUCCGGGGGCGGGCUUAAUCUUCUUGUUCACCAUUUCGACGGCAGGAUAGAUUUCUUCGAGGGCGAUGUCGCCGAUCUGUUCGAUCCAUCCCCGAGACCUACUCGUCUUGUCUGCAAAGCAACGUGGACAGGACAUUCCGCAGGCAUAAAAAAAAUAGUCCGCAACGUUAGUGGGCGAGCAGUUGUUUCACGAACUGACGGGAACGAAAGCAUCGUUUGGAAGCAUAUGAACUCUGGAGGUAGGACUUCGUUUGUCCGCCAAAGUGUCAUUACCGAAAAAGACCAUAUUCACAGGAUUUGUGUUCUGAGAGAAGGAAAUUAUGUCGUAUAUCUGCACCAUAGCCGAAUAGCCUUGUGGGAUACUCGGGGUUCCGAGGGGGUGUUGCUGUCGACCAACGAGUAUUCUUCUAUUGGCAAGCCUCUAUGCAUUCUUAUGCUACCCAGAGAGAGAAAAGGAGGUCCUAUUGCCCACGUAGCCACAAUCACUUCAAAAAUGAAAGGAAUCGUCUGGGAGCUCCGACUACCACAAGGGCGGGAAAAUGGUACCGAGGUGAAUGGCUCUCAAGAAGCAUCUAUUCGCGAAUUUUGUCGAUUUGAUCUUGGCGAAUCUGAUGACUUGGCAUAUGUCCUUCCCGUGGAUCCAGCUGGAUCGCCUCCAACAAUUGCUGGGUUCCUAGAUACCUUUGCAAGAGAUGUUGCUAUUUCAUACACUCAUUCAGGCGUGCUCCGAUCGUGGACAGCCAGAAUUGAUUUGGUUUCUGAGAGAGUGGAUUGGUUGGAGACCUGCUCUGUCGAUACUGGGAUUCAUGAACCUGCUCUGGCUAGCGGUAGUUCCCUGCGAAAAGCAGCCCUCGUAGACUCGAGCAGGUCUAAAUUGACCAUAUGGGAUGUUCGGGGUGCUCAGCUUGAAUUUGCUCAAGACUACGAGACCCAAGACACGAUCAAAGACCUGGAUUGGACUUCGACUCCAGAUGAUCAAUCAAUCCUUGCCGUGGGGUUUCAAUAUCGAGUUGUUCUGCUAGCUCAGAUGCGCUAUGAUUAUGUCAAUAAAGGCCCAGCAUGGGCCUCGAUCAGAGAGUACAAUAUUCGAGAUCUUACGCCACACCCGAUCGGUGACUCGACGUGGCUGGGGUCUGGGAACCUCAUUAUUGGAGCCGGCAAUCAACUCUUCGUUUAUGACAGAGAUGUUGAUCUAUCCGCGUCUGCAGUAACCAGCCUUAGACUCCCCCGCCGCAAGUCUUCUUGGGAUCUCUUCGAAGUUGUGACCCGGCUGAACGGACCGCUUCCAGUUUACCAUCCCCAGUUCCUUAGCCAGUGCAUUCUUGCUGGUAAAAGCACUCUUGUUCAACGUAUAAUUUUGACGUUAUACAAAACUCUGAAAUACUUCGUGGAUGGGGAUUUCAUGGAGAAUUAUCUUGGUAUGAACUUGGACGAGUUUUAUACUGAUACUGAGCGAAUAUCUUCGUCAGCAGGAAACAAGGUGACUAAAUCGUUCAGUUUCUCCGCUGAUGAAGAUGACGAAGAGGUUGAGACGGUAACGGAAAAUAUAGCAUCAGCUAUCAGUGAAAAGCUCACAAUAAUUGCUCUCCCGCAGCUCUCACGACAGGAGCAGAUCUACCUGGCUCAUAUCGUAGAGUGUGUUGCAACCGUGGAAAAGCAACGGCGGUCAAUGGAUGAUAAUGCCGCUAGAUUUAUGCUCUUCUUCCGCCAGUCUGUAUUACAAAUGGGCCGAGCGAAUGAGGUAGUGCUGUCGUGGAGAGAGAUUAAUUGGGCAUAUCACAGCCACAGCCAGGAUAUCUUGGUGGAUAUGGUAUCUAACCAGUUUCACGGCAAGAUGCUGUGGGAACACGCGCGAAACAGUGGCAUGUUCAUGUGGAUGACUGAUUCAAACGCCUUGAAGGCUCAGUUCGAGAUUAUUGCACGGAAUGAAUACACGAAAAGUGACAUGAAGAAUCCCGUUGAUUGCAGCUUAUUUUAUCUUGCCCUGAGGAAAAAAGCUGUUCUCCAAGGGCUGUGGCGCAUGGCUUCUUGGAACCGUGAGCAAGCCGCGACGAUAAGGCUUCUUUCAAACAAUUUUCAGGAAAAAAAGUGGAAGACUGCUGCAUUAAAAAAUGCCUAUGCACUACUCGGAAAACAUAGACAUGAGUAUGCCGCAGCCUUCUUUUUAUUGGCAGAUUGUCUCAAGGAUGCUGUUAAUGUGAUCUUAAACCAGCUGAAGGAUCUUCAGCUCGCAGUAGCAGUUACUAGGGUUUAUGAGGGCGAGCAAGGACCGGUACUGAAAGAUCUUCUUCAAGAAAAGGUUCUGCCGUUGGCUGCCCAAGAAGGGAACCGAUGGUUGGCCUCCUGGGCGUUUUGGAUGUUACAUAGAAGAGAUAUGGCUGUGCGAGCGUUGAUUUCGCCCGUCUACACAUUACUUGAAAGCCCACACCCAGGUCUGCAAGCCAAGCUAUUUCUCACAGAUGAUCCCGCACUUGUUGUACUAUAUUCCCAACUUCGACAAAAAACCCUGCAGACCCUUCGAGGAGCAUCAAAAGUAACGCCUAAAGUUGAAUGGGACUUCGUGCUGCACAAUGCUCGUCUCUACGACCGGAUGGGCUGUGAUCUUCUAGCAUUAGAGCUUGUCCGGAAUUGGGAAUUUUUACAGCCUGCGCCCACCGUCUUCGAAAAACUAGAUGGAGUGCCUGAUCCUCGACAAAUGCUGCGUAGGCGCAGCUCACUAGUAGUCGCGGACCUACCAGUGCCUAGUUUGCUGUUAGAUAUGAAAGCUAAAGGUGCUCCGCCAAGCGUGUUUGAGGAGCCUGAAGCUAGCUCUUUGCUGGAUAGCUUUGGGUUUUAAUGUUACCUAGUAUAAGGGCAGAGUAGCUUUGGGGUUGGCAUUGGGAUUGCAUAUAUAUGGUGUCUAUCAUGUUGUAAUAAUACCUACAGGUUGUACCACUGGAUGACUAUAGCGAUAGGGAAAAGGUCUGGAAUGUAUAGUAUUGGAUUAUAUAUGUUCUGAUUGCAUUUUCUGCGCAGCUUGCAGGCUAACUUGAAAUACUGGACUAAUUGAUGACUGGGUCCCGACUGAUCUGUAAGAAUUUGUUAUUAUAUAGG